AUGGAAGUCGAAUGUAUUUCAGAUGAUUCAUAAAAAUUCCUUUAAAAGUUUAAAAUAUUAGAUAAUAUAGGUGAAGGUACAUAUGGAAAAGUAUAUAAAGCCCAAGAUAUAAAUACAAAAGAAAUAGUUGCAUUAAAAAAAUACUAACACCAAGAAGACGGUAUUCCAAGUUCUGCACUAAGAGAAAUAUCAUUACUAAAAGAAAUAAAUCACCCAAAUGUAGUAUCUUUAAAAGACAUAAUAAUAAAAGAAAACAAUUUAUAUUUAGCAUUCGAAUAUGCCGAAAAUGACCUUAAAAAAUUUAUAGAUACAAAAACUUCAAACGAAUACAUAGAUCCAUUAACAAUAAAAAAAAUAAUCUAUUAAAUAUUAAGAGGAGUAGCCGCUUGUCACACUAGACGAAUAAUGCAUAGAGAUUUAAAGCCUUAAAAUAUAUUAAUAGAUAAAAAUGGAACUGUAAAAAUAGCUGACUUUGGACUUUCGAGGACAUUUUCAAUGCCCAUAAGGCCUUAUACACAUAAUGUAAUAACUUUAUGGUAUAGACCUCCUGAAAUUUUAUUAGGGGCACUCGAAUAUUCAACACCUGUAGAUGUUUGGUCUGUAGGUUGUAUUUUAUUUGAAUUAAUUACUAAAAUACCUUUGUUUUAAGGACAAUGUGAAAUCGAAUAGAUUUUUAAGAUAUUCUAGGUUUUAGGUACACCAAGUGAAAAUGAGUGGCCGGGAAUUAGUGAAUUAAAAGAUUAUAAGAGUACUUUUCCAAGAUUUAAAUAAUAAAAAUUAGGAGAUAUUAUUAUGGAAACUAUGAAAAAAUACGAUUUUUCAUAUGAAGUAGAUAUUGCAAUAGUUGAUCUUUUAAAUAGAAUGUUAAUAUAUGAUCCUUCUAAAAGAAUUACUGCUAAAUCUUGUCUUAAUCAUCCUUAUUUUAAUGAUAUUGUUAAUUAUUUUAAAAAUAAAUGA